AUGGCUCCUUCGUGCAAGAGCUCCUUCGGCUACAAUGGAAGGCGACGGUGGCCGUCCGACAGCUACGGCGCGGUGUUCCAGCACACCGACAACCAGUAUUGGCUCGACACUUUCACGUUGGCCAACAUUGUCGCCCGUGCGUACGAUGUCGCAGUGUGGAGUCUUGCCCCCUGCUCGAAGCUCAGCCUGGAGAGUGGGACUUGGGCGGAUGUGUAG